AUUCGCACCCCACCCCACCACGGAUCGUACACUUUGCCCCGUGUUUGAUACCUGUCCCACCUAUUUCGCCCUUGUAACUUCUUUUUCCUUUUUUGCGCUUGUAGUCGCUUCUAUAGGAUGGAUUGCCGGCUGGCGGAAAUGAACGCGAUGAUAUAUGUAUGCGCACACCAGCCGGGUUGAGUUGGCCCUCCUGAAUAUCUGAUUAUAUCUUAUCUAUCUCUAUAUAUGUGCAUAGCACGCCUUUUCUGCUCAUUUGCCAUAGCCAUCUACUUGCCUCCCCGCUCCCACACCGUCCAAAAGACGUCCAUCCAGGUCGCCCUCAAGCGCCGCGAGCCCAAGCUGGCCGUCGCGAUCGCGACUGCCAAGAGCGCCAAAUCGAUGGAUGGUCUGCUGAUCGCGCAGGCGCGUGCCGCCACAAGGGCUUCGUCAGCCAAGUCGACUUGUUCGAGCCCGGUUCGAAGCCAAAGCCGCUGUCCGCCGUGGUGCCAGGCCUCUUUAAGAAGAGCAAGCCCGCGCACCCCCGAGGCGGAUGCGCCCGUUGCAGAUGGCACCCCUGCCAACAGCAUUGGAGACCUCACUCUGACGGACCAAGUCCGGCGAGCUCCUCAUGAGUGGCGUGGCGGGGUGGGGAAGGGCUGUACAAGGAACAGCGAAACGGUGCAUCGCUGACAUUAAGGCGCUGGUGCGUUGUAGCGUCGAUAGCUUCACAUCCUUGAGGCGCCCCUCCCCAGACAUGUGCUUACGCGACACACGCGUAGGCAUGACGAUCGUCCUCGUUCCCCCAGCGCACGCCAGGGCGAACGUCAAGGAAGCAGGUCUGCGGAUCAUCGAGCAGG